CAUCACGCGCAUCGUCGUCGUCGUCAUCGUAAUUCCGUAUCUAUCGGUGAAAACAGAUCGCCGCAUCAGUAUUCAGUUGAGUGUUGACUAAUAUUGCGGCACGGUGUUCGGUCGUGCGUGUCAUUCCGACAUUCGUGUAGUGUAUUACUAUAAUAUAAUAUUAUUUUUAAUUUUUAUCAUACGACCCCCGUCCGAGAUAUGAAACAUUUAAAAUUGUUCGCGACGUUGAAAAUUACGAUCAAUUAAUAAAUAAUUAAAAUACAUAUUAUUAAGUUUUAAGACUAUAAAACCGAAGCCAGCAAGCUGCAGUGUUCGAUCUAUAUUAUUAUAUCGUCGCAGGUGCGUACCCCGUCGUUAUAAAUACAUAGUUAAAAUAUAAUAUCACAACUGAAACUCUUCCCCGUUGGACACUAAAUUUUCGACCUGGGCCCGUGCGCUCCUUCGAACAAAAUGGCCGGGUAACUUCGUGCCUCCAUAACCACCCCCAUGUCGAUAACCUCAAAAUAAUAAUAAUAAUAAAAAGACAGUGCGCGAAAAAGAAAAAGAAAAAAAGGGAAAACAAUAUAGGAGAAAAAACCGAUUUUGCCCGACUCGCGUACGAUACUAUUUAGGUCGACCGCGCGCGCGGUUGUUUGUUCGAUAAAAACGAUUUCGUCGCUCAACACGUCCGUUCGCGUUAAGCGGUCAUCGUCGUCUCGCAUGCGUCCCGCCGUCCCCCGCAGCCGCCUGCAGUGGUGGUGGUGACGACGAGCUGUCGCCUGUCCGUCCGUUCGGUGGUACCACCGCUGCCUCGUCCGUGAUUGCUAAUCGUUGGUGGUAGUGCAGCUCUCCCGGGCCCGUGUGUGAAAACCCGAUCCUCUCGCGUUCCGGCGUGGACGAUCCGAUGGCCGCGUCCACCGUCCCGGCGGCUUCCGUGGCCGCGCUACUGGUAGUGCUCCUGCUGGUGGUGCUACUGSCUCCGCCGCCGGCGGCCGCAGCGUCCGGGCAGCCGCCGGUCCGGUGCACCAGGUCCGAGCUGAGCGCUUGCUUCUGCGGCCGGACGACAUACGACCGACAGGAAUUGUACGCCGUCAACUGCACUGGAACAGGGCUGUCCAUGCAACAGAGCAUCGACGUGUUCCUAAACCUGCCCAGCGAGACCGAGGUACUGAUAUUCACCGGCAACUAUAUGCCCGAGCUGCCAACAAACAUAUUUGGGGUCAACAGCACCAUGGAAAAACUACGAUUCCUGGACAUGUCCAACAACGGCAUUCAAGAGAUUAAAGGAAAGAGUUAUCAUCACGUUUCAAAUGUCGAACGGCUGAUACUCAACAAUAAUCAAAUCGGAUUGAAUGGCAUUGGAUUACAUCAUCCCAGAGUUUUUUCAAACUUUGAUAGUUUGAUAGAAUUACAUCUCACUGAUGCAUUUGCUGAUGAAGGUGUUGUGAAUAUAACUGCUGACUUGCAUCAAGUAUUUAUGUACAGUAAUUUAAGUCGCUUGGCCAAACUCCAUCUUGAACAAAAUAAGAUGAGUGUCAUAGUGGAACCUAGUGUUUUCUGCCCAUUACCUCGUCUCCUCGACUUACAUCUCAGCAACAAUAAACUUACAGGCAUUGAUUUUGAUAUAAAGUGCAUGCAACAUUUGCGUUUCAUUGACUUAGAAGGUAAUCAUAUACGUGGGCUCUCUGAAGAACAAUUCUCUGCCUUAGAUAGUGUUCUAUCAAACAAUAGAUCUUUGGCCAUCGACUUGUCCAAUAAUCCAUUCUCGUGUGGCUGUAACAUAGAAAACUUAUAUAGUUGGUUGCGUACCACUAAGGUGAGUGUUCGCAACAGUGAAUCRAUAAGAUGUAGCCAAGAUUUGCAAAAAAAUCCUCUUGACCCAUAUGCUGCUUAUCGCAAYGAUUGUCCAACUCCAAUACGUACCACAUUAAUUGAUAGUGGUCACGGGGGACACAAAUUGGUAAUGCUGUUUGUGUUUUGUGCUGUAAUUGCAUUUUUGGGUGUUGUAGUAUAUGUAUCUAGGUUUGGAUUGAAACGAUUGAGACCUGAAUUUAAUACUUCUUCGAGAAAGAUACACUACACUACUAUUGGAAAAUGUGAAGAACAAGAAAUACAUGUAUGAUAAUAUGGCAAAUGAUUAGUGGUGUUAACAGUAUGAUAUGUGGAAAUUCCGACUCAUGCUUUAGGGAAAGACUGAUAAUCGUUUUUUUUUUUUUUUUUAAUUCAAUUUAAUUAAACAAUUUAAAGAGUAUAUUUAUGAAUUGUUACUCUUUUGUAUAGUUAUGUUAUAAAAGUUUUGAAUGAACAAUUUAAAAAAAAAAUAUUUUAAUUUUUGAUUGAUACAAGUUUUUUAUUAUUUUUUUUAUUAAUGACAUUAA